UUAUAUAACAAAAAUUGAUAUUUUAUUAAUGAUUUCUCAGCGAUCGCGUAGAACGAAAACAACUCACAUGGGACGAAACGGACGAGGAAGCAAGACUCAUUAAAUUUUUCUUAAAUUUUCAUCUUUACUCAUCCCAGCUUCAAGGGUUUGCAAGAACCUAUACAAAAAAUGGCGACUUCUUUCCCUUCGCUUGGACCCAAUUCAAUAUUAUCUCCAUUCGUAGACCGGACAAGAACCCUAAACCCAGUUUUCCAUCGAACCCACUUUGGAAAUCUUCCAGUUAACAAAUCGUUUUCAAGGGGUGUGCUUGGAGUAGCUCGAUUUGGGUUGGGUCAGGUUCCGUUUCCUGACCCGGAAAAUGCAGAGUUGCUUUUUAAGGACUUGUUUGCUCGUGCUGAAGGGUUAUUUUAUACAGUAGCUGACGUUGCUGUUUCUGCUUCUGCUGAUACUGUUGCUGACACUACUGAAAGUGCUAAACAGAAUAGUGAUUGGCUUAGUGGUAUUACCAAUGCUAUGGAGGCUGUUCUCAAGGUUCUGAAGGAUGGGCUUUCAACUUUACAUGUACCAUAUUCUUUUGGUUUUGCAAUCAUUCUACUAACAGUACUAGUAAAGGCUGCAACUUUUCCUCUAACCAAAAAACAGGUUGAAUCUGCAAUGGCAAUGCGAUCAAUGGCACCACAAAUAAAGGCUAUUCAGGAGCGAUAUGCUGGAGACCAGGAGAGGAUUCAACUUGAAACUGCUCGACUUUAUAAAUUAGCUGGCAUAAAUCCACUGGCAGGAUGUCUGCCGACGCUUGCCACUAUACCUAUAUGGAUUGGGCUUUACAGAGCCCUCUCAAAUGUGGCAAAUGAGGGACUUCUGACAGAAGGCUUCUUCUGGAUACCCUCACUAGCCGGUCCAACAACAAUUGCUGCCCGACAAACUGGAAGUGGCACCUCUUGGCUUUUCCCCUUUGUAGAUGGUCAUCCUCCGCUUGGUUGGUCUGAUACUUUUGCAUAUCUUGCCUUGCCUGUAUUGUUGGUUCUCACCCAGUACAUCUCUAUUCAGAUCAUACAACCAGCUCAACAGAGUGAUGAUCCAAAUGUGAAGAACUCUCAAGCAAUAACUAAGUUUCUCCCUCUGGUGCUUGGUUACUUUUCACUAUCAGUUCCUUCUGGUCUGAGCCUUUAUUGGUUCACAAACAACAUACUUAGCACCACUCAACAAUUAUGGCUUCAAAAGUUUGGGGGUGCAAAUAUUUCAACCCUGAAAUUAAGUGAUGAUACUUCUAGGAAAGAGCAACCUUGGGGUGCAAAAAUUCCAACCUCGAAAUUAACUGAUGAGAAUUCUAGGAAAGAGCAACCUCAAAUUCAUAAAUCAAUCUCUGAAGCAGCAAUAGCUAAAAAGAAAGACGGGAAUCCUACUUCAGAUAAGCCCCGCCAGGGUGAAAGGUUUAAACAGUUAAAGGAACAAGAAGCAAGAAGACGGCAACAAAGGGAGGGGGAGAAGAGGAGAGCGGAGGUAGCAGCUAAUAGGAAAGAAGACAAGUCAGCGGAGAUGGAAAAUAGGAUAGGAAUUCACUCUAUGAAUGGUGAUUCUACUAGUCGUGACACUUCCACUUCUAAAAAUUACCAGGUUGUAAAUGGUGAUAGUGCUUCUUUGGUAGUGAAGGAAGACAAAAGAAUUCAGACUGGUGAAAUUUCAGAUGAUGAUCACAACCUUGGAGAAGGUCGGCAUGUUUCUGACGGAAGAAAGAAGGGCGAAACUGUUGGUUCUACUAGAGCUACAGAUCACAAACCUCCACGUGAAGAUUCACAAGAAGACAGAGGCGAGUAAGCAACUUAAACAAAAUACCAUACUUUUACACUCGUAACAUGGGGCUACUUGAAUCUGGCGAAGUGCGUCAGAAACCUAAUGCAAAUAUUGGUUUCAUGAGCUUUGGCGGACCAAAUUUAGACGAGAUUUACAUUUGGAGGCUGCAGAGUUGUAAAUUAUGAUGUUUAAGAGUGUGAAAUGGCAAUUUCUGCUGAUUCUUUUACGAGAAUAGUUGGGUAAGUAGUGUAAAGAAUCUGCGUUAGCACCUAAAAGAGAUUAGCGUCAUAGGUUUGAUAUGAAUAUACUUAGCAUAUACCAGUGAAUUAGAAUUGUUGUAGAACAGCGUUAUAUUCUGUCAAAUUUGCAUCUCGUGUCA